AUGAUGCCGACGUCUAAUUCCAUAACAUAUCAGCUUGUUGCGUGGCUCGCAGCAGUGGCAGUGGUCUGUUAUCUGUUGAACAACAUCUGGAACAUUACAACGCAAGCUUCGAGUUUGUCCGCAAUCCCAAACGCUCACUUUUCAGCACCGUAUUCGAGACUCUGGCUGUUGUAUCUGAAAGCAACGGAAACCGAGCAUCAUGCAAGAGAACGCGCCCAUAGACGUCUCGGACCAAUUAUUCAAAUCGCACCCAAGGAGCUCAGUGUAAACUGUAUCGAAAAUGGCGUAAAAACAAUAUAUAGUGGUGGGUUUGAAAAGGGGGAGUGGUAUAAGGGCUUUGUCAAUUAUGGAAAGUCAUUUUUAUUCGGGAUCGGUCCUAACAAGCUGCAUGCUGAGCGAAAGAGAAUGCUCUUCCCUAUGUUCUCGAAUUCGUAUGUUCAAACGUCAUCUGAAGUGACCAAAAUCCUGGAUACUAUUUUGUUAGAGCGGUUGAUUCCGCAGAUGAAGAUGUGGGCACUAAAUCAAUCUGUGGUUGACAUCCACAGAGAGAAUAAAGCUGCCAUGAUGGAUAUUACAACUGCUUACUUGUUUGGACUGGGCAAUCAGACCAAUUUUCUGCUUGAUCCUAAGGAGAAAAAUAAGCUCACACUAUUCGAACAAGCCGUAUCCGCGUUAUUCUGGAUGACGGAGCUUCCAACGCUGGUUAAGCUGUGCUACCUGUUGAGAAUCCCGCUUUUAUCGACUGAAGUCCUGACAUCGUUCCAAUCGAUAGAGACCAUGGUCGCUGAAGUCUGUGAUAGGACAAAGCAGAGUCUACUUGAGACUAAAAAGCCCCACACUUCGUUGUAUGCGCAACUCCAAGAGAAGCUUGAGCCGACACUUGCUGGACCGGACCUAGAUCCAAGUGUUGCAGCAGAAAUGAUGGACAACAUCCAAGCGGGGCAUGAAGGUCCUGCCAUUACCGUCACAUACGUGAUGUGUGAGCUAUCCAGGAACUUCGAGGUAUUGAGCCGCUUACGGCUAGAGCUUUCAAGUUUAGAUGCUCAUCCUACGGCACAGGAUAUAGAGAGCCUACCUUUCCUUGACGCGGUUCUGCUGGAAACUUUGCGUCGAUAUCCCGCAGCCUUGGGUCCGUUUCCUCGUAAUGUGCCUUUGAAAGGAAGCAAUCUAGGUGGAUUUGAUAUUCCUGGUGGGACAAUAGUCAGUGCAUCUAUAUACUGCCUCCAUAACAACUCUGCUGUAUUUCCAAAUCCAGAACGAUGGCUGCCAGAUAGAUGGAUAGCUGCCUCGGCUGAACAACGAAAGAGCAUGAACAAAUGGUUGUGGGCCUUUGGUACUGGAAGCAGAAUGUGCAUUGGAAGUCAUUUGGCUAUUCGUAUGAUGAAAACGUUCAUUGUCGCGGUAUAUUCUGAAUUUGACACAGUGAUCGUUCCCGAGACCAGUUUCAAGCAAACUUACGGCCUGAUAGGCGCGCCUGUGGAUAAUAAGGUAAUGCUUGGUAUUCGCAAACAGAUGUAA